AGUACGCAGAGUCUGCCGCGAUGGCCCAGCAGCAGGAGAAGCAGGAGCAGCAGGAGGAUCUGCCCAAUGCCAGUGUGCGUCAGACACUCGAGCAGUUGCUGGGAUGCAAGGAUUAUGGGCUGGAGUUGGCUUGUGCCAAGGGCGAUAACUAUUUGGGCAUUGUGUGGCGCAUACACGUGCCAAAGGAGCAGGGGCAACUGGCGGUUGAGGUAGAGCAGGAGGUCGAGGGGCAAAGGAGUCUAAUCCUUAAGUUGCCGCCACAAAAUACGGUUAGGCGCAAACAGUUUUUUGCCCGGCCAUGCUUUACACGCGAGUCGCUUGCAUACGAAGAGUUUUUGCCGCUGAUUCAACGUUUUCAGGCCGAUCAAAAGCUGAGCAAAACGGAGCGUUUUCGCCAACAUGCCCGCUGCUUGGUUACCCGCCAGGAUGAGCCCAACGAGUGCAUUGUACUGGAGGAUUUGUGCCGUCGCCACUAUCAGCUGCAUGAUCGUUUCACGGACUUAACGCCCGCACACGUCUCACUCGUGAUGGGCGCAUAUGCCAAGUUGCAUGCCACAUCCUUGGCACUGAAAGCAAAAUGUAAGUCGCAGCAGCAGCAGCAGCGGCUGCUGUUGCCAUUUCAGACACUUGUGGACAUAUUUGAACAGCGCCGCAAUGAUGCCGCUUUGGGUGCCUACUUCGAGCAGCUGAAGCAGAACGCACUGGAUGCACUGCAUCAGCAGCAAGAUGCACACUAUGUGCAACGUUUGCAGGCAUACUUUGGGCGUGGCAGCUAUUUUGAGCUACUGCUGCCACUGCUCAGUGGCAUGAACUGUGAGCCAUAUGCUGUCGUUUGCCACGGCGACAGUUGGAACAAUAAUUUUCUGUACAAAUGCGAUGUGGCGACAAAGCAGCCAUUGGAUGUGUGCCUAAUUGAUUGGCAACUGAUGCGAUAUGCCUCGCCGAUAACCGAUUUGGUCUACUUUCUGUUUAGCUGCACGACACGACAAUUUCGACAGCAACACUUCAGGCCGAUGUUGCAACUGUACUACAAGGAAUUGGGCCAACAGCUGGCCAGAUUGGGCGAAACAGCAGCCACAUUAUUUCCAUUUGACGCAUUCGAGCAACAAUUGCGCGAAAAGGGCGCUGUGGGAUUGCUGUUAGCCAUGAUGGUAUUACCAAUAGUGACCAUGCGUGGCGAAGAUGUGCCCGAUCUGCAGGUGAUUAGCGACCUGGUCGAAGGCGGCGCCAGCACAUCGGGAUUUCUGGGCGUUGGCAACGAGUCGCUCUACAAGCAACGAAUGCGCGACGUCAUCCUGGACUGUGUAGACUAUGAAUAUAUUUAGUUGUCCACCAUUUCUACUUUGUAGAUGUAAUGUUUGGAAUACAUCUGAAGAAUGUAGACUAAGGCAACCCAGCAGGGUUAGAUGGGCACCCGCCUUGGGUACAUCAUAGACAUAGUCUCCAUUUGUCUAUAAAUAAUAAUAAUAAUUUAAAUAAAGUAUACAUAUAUAUAUUA